UCGGAACUUCAAGGACACCGCGAUCCGCGAACGAAGCGAGCGUAUCUCCUCGCGCGGAGCGGGUAUCUCGGCCUCGACUGAAGCAUCCCCGGCAUUCGCGUUCUCCGGGAAUGGUGGGCCGCGGUUUUUCGUAGGCGAGCGCCGAAAGACGAAAGAACGGGGGCAACGCGUAGGCCAGAUAGACCAACGUACAGAACAGGCCGAAGAAGCGCGAGAACGGUCGAAGAAGAAAGCGAGCAAGAGAACUGCAGUGUGGAACAGCGAGAGAAAGCAACAGCACGGAGGGGGAGAGAACGAAGAGGGAGCAAGAGAAGAGAGUAAUUAACAGGAAUAAAUAGAAAAGGGGACGGAGGCUGUUGGAGAGAUGAAGAUCGAGAUGAAGAUCAAGAGAAAGUAAGAGAGAAGACGGAACAGAAAUGGAGAGAGAGCGAGUGGGGCGGAAGCUCGGGCAGAGGAUCAAGAAAAGACGAAGCAGGAGGCAGAGGAGAGGCGGCGAAGUAGCUGGCCAGAAAUAACUAAUAAGACAUUCACUCUGAGACGGGCGGCCAGCCGGCCCGGACGAACGCGGUGCGUCUCGUAAUCUCGUAAUCGGAACCUCUCAUCACACAUCUUCGUUUACGAUCACACCACACCAACCGUUCGUAUCGAUGCAUCAAACGGCUGUCACAGCGCCGGAUAUUGGUGAACGAAAAGUGCAACUACUUGGGGCCCCCAUAGAGAGGGCCCCCCACCGGAAGAGACCGCCGCAAGGCGGUCAAACUAUCAGGCAUGGAGCAGUUCGAGCAACUGCUAACGUGCGCGAUAUGCCUGGACCGAUACAGGAACCCGAAGCUUUUGCCAUGCCAGCACAGCUUUUGCAUGGAACCCUGCAUGGAUGGCCUCGUUGACUACGUGCGUCGACAGGUCAAGUGUCCGGAAUGCAGGGCGGAACAUCGUAUACCUUAUCAAGGCGUGCAGGCGUUCCCGACCAACGUGACCCUGCAGCGAUUCCUGGAAUUGCACAUCGAGAUCACCGGCGAGCUGCCGGACCCGACCAGCGGCCAGACGAUGGAACGGUGCGGCGUUUGUUCGGAGAAAAGCUACUGCUCGCUCUGCGUACACUGUGAGAAAAAGUGUUGCCCCGAGUGCAAGGACGCUCACAUGGACAUCCUCAGGCGUGAAAUUACGCGCAUCAAUUCUCAGAUACGCAGGGGGCUGCACAGGCUGCAGGACGCGUUGGCGCUGGUGGAAAAGAACACGCUGGGUCUGCAAACGAACUGCGCCUCGGUCGCCGAAGAGGUGGACGAGAUUUAUCGGAGGCUGAGCAAGGCUUUGAAGGACCGCACGGAACAUCUGCGUAACGAGGUCGAUCGAUACCUGAGCACCGAGCUCAGAGGCCUGAUCCAGCUCAAAGAGAAUCUCGAAUUGGAGAUCGCGAACAUCCAGAGCAACUGCGACCUGGCCGAGGCUCACAUCAACGAGAACGUUCCUUGGGACGAUUCCGAACUUCUCGACACAAAGGAGCUGUUCCUGCGCACCGUGGAGUUCAUCAGGAACUUCGAGUACGAGGCCGGGGAUUACAGUCGGCGGGUGCGUUUCGUGAUGGCCCACGACCCUAACCAGCUGGUCCUCCAUGUAGCGGGUUACGGCGAGCUGAAUAUUAAGCCGGAGACCGGAAGCGGAGGAUUGCUGGGUAGUUCGAGCAGUCUAGCGCCUCCCGGAGGAUCGCCGGGCCUCAUGAGAAGCAAGAGCGACCAUCGUCUGGCUUCGCAGUACAGGCAGCAGGAGGAGGAGAGGCUAGCCAGAAAUCGAUACGUGCCCGAAUACGAUUCUCGCAUUCACAGUUACGACGCGCCGGAGUACGAGGUGCCACGCAACAAAUCGAGGUACAGGAGCCGGUUCAUGCGUCAUCGGGACGGCGACGACUCUGACGGCGACACGAGGUCGACGGUCAGGUUCACGUCGACGCCUCAGGAGUCCUCGGGUCUGCGCGAACGUGUCCUGGACACGGAGGACGCGGCGCGAGGCCCGUUGUCCGGCAUAUUCCGGCUGACGGACUCGCCGCGCGUCAUGAGAAAGCUGCAGGAGUACGAGAGGGCCGGGAAGAGGAAGAAAGAAGAGCCAGCGCCUCACCCCGUGCAACAGCCCCCGCCACCGAAGCCUCAGGUACAGGUCAGGAAGGUACCGACCGCGAUGGCGAGGCAGACCAGCGAGGACGACGAGAUUUCCAGGAUCAAAAAGCAGAACAAAACCGCGGCCGCACCUGCGACCGAGACGGUGGAAGAACGACCGCCAGCCCAGACACCUGCACCGGCUCAUCCGCCGCCCAGAGAACCACCGCCGGAACGAGAACCGGAGGAACCAGCGCGAAGACCGAUCACUUCGAGGCGAACUUCGACGGAUACCCACACUCCGGCGACGAGAAGCGCUUCAUCAGACUCGAGCACGGGCUCGGAGAGCUCCGGCGGAUCAGGAAUCCGCAGCACGGGCGCGCCGUUCACCGCCGAGGAAAUGAAGCAGAAAUACUUGUCGAGAGCACCGGCCUCGAACACGACAACCUCGGCCUCGCAGGGACAAGUCGGCCCGAUGCCCGGCAAGGAUUCCGGGUCCGCCUUGCCCGCGUCCCGAUCCUUCCAGAGUCGUUUUUUAGGCACAGGUAACCGUGCAGCACCACCACCGCCCACGCAAACCUCGACGCCGCGGGAAGACAGCUCGAUGAAGAAGAAGGAGGAGGAGGAGGACGAAGACGAGGAGACGAGCAGCUCCUCGGAGGAGACGGAAUCCGAGACCGAGGAAGAAUCGGAAAACGAAGCUCACCCCUCGACCACCGCACCCUCGACUACACCUUCGGCCGUACAGGAUCGUCAGAGGAACGAGCAGGCCAUGGCGCGGACGGACAUCGGUCCGCUGCUAGCCAGGAGCGCGGAAGCUAGGCGAGGUAGCAAGGAAGACUCACCAUCGACCAGGUUCCUGAACAAGAGCAGGAGCCAAGCGGCGAUGAUGGCCAGGGAGCGGGAAAGGGAGCGGGAGCGGGAACGGGAACGGGAACGGGAGCGGGAGCGCGAGCGGGAGCGGGAGCGGGAGCGCGAACGGGAACGCGAACGGGAACGGGAACGGGAACGAGAACGCGAAAGAGAAAGAGAACGCGAGAGAGAACGAGAGCGCGAACGAGACGCGGACAACGAGGUCGAGUCGCCGCUGUCGGCGAGGUCGCGGUACGCCGCGUUGAAGGAAAGAAGACAACGGCUGGCGAGGUCCCGAAGCUCGCACAACUUCGGCGGCGAUGACCUCGACCUCGACGAGGAACCACCCUCGCCGACGACCCAGUCGCCGAACGCCUAUCUGGCGGCCAAGUACGGAGCCGGCUCUGAAUUGGCCAGAAGUCGGAGCACCCACGCCCUCAAGUCCAGGGAGCCGAGCCCCGAGCGCGACAGGCCCGGCGCCGAGAAAGACGGCGCGGCCCUCAGCUCGUGGGCCAGGUACCUCAAGAACAAGUACGGGAAUCGAACGAUCAAGGACAAGGAGCCCUCCUCUUCCACCUCGGCGAUUCCAUCAGCGAGCAGCAGCGCGGCCUCGAGAAGGUUAUCUCUCGGACUACCGCUCAGGCACGGUGGCCAGACGUCCUUCGAAUCUUCCGAUGACGACCAAAAAAACCCGUCAGGCUCCCCCACGUCCCCUACAGCAGCUCCCGUUAUACCCGCGGCAGCAGGUUCCUCCACUAGCAAUGGCCGGAGGAGUCACUAUCUGCUGAAGCGGCGGCAGCUGUUCAAGUUCGGGAUGCGGGGGAGCGAAGCCGGAUGCUUUACCUGGCCGAGAGGCCUCGCGGUCGGCCCGGACAACUCCAUCGUCGUGGCCGACAGCUCCAACCAUCGUGUUCAAGUAUUUGACUGCAACGGGAACUUCAUGAAGGAGUUCGGAUCGUACGGAAGCGGCGAGGGUGAGUUCGAUUGCCUCGCCGGGGUGGCCGUGAACAGGAUCGGGCAGUACAUCAUCGCGGAUCGUUACAACCACAGAAUUCAGGUGCUCGAUCCGUCCGGCCGUUUUCUGAGAGCCUUUGGUUCCCAAGGAACCGCCGAUGGUCGGUUCAAUUACCCUUGGGGAAUCACCACGGACGCUCUUGGAUUCAUUUAUGUGUGCGAUAAAGAGAACCAUCGCGUACAGGUAUUUCAAUCGGAUGGCACGUUCGUGGGGAAAUUCGGUUCCUGCGGAAGCGGACGUGGCCAAUUGGAACAUCCUCACUACAUCGCGGUGAGCAACACGAACCGCGUGAUCGUCAGCGACGGAAACAACCAUCGGAUACAGAUAUUCGACGUGAACGGCCGCGUGCUGACCUCCUUCGGAUCCGAGGGCUCCGACGAGGGUCAGUUCAAGUUCCCAAGGGGCGUCGCUGUCGACGACCAGGGCUACAUCGUCGUCGCCGACUCCGGCAACAACAGGAUACAGAUAUUCAGCCCAGAGGGCGCGUUCCUCAAGUCCUUCGGCGGCUGGGGUAGCGGUGACGGUGAAUUCAAGGGCCUAGAGGGGGUUGCUGUCACGUCGACCGGUAACAUCGUCGUCUGCGACCGCGAGAAUCACCGCGUCCAAGUGUUCUAACUCGUCUAUUUUCCCCCCUUUCCCAUUACACAUUUUCUUCUCUUCUCUUCUCUUCUCUUCUCUCUCUCUCUCUCUCUCUCUCUCUCUCUCUCUCUCUCUCUCUCUCU